AUGGCACCCAACCCCGCGGACCAGGCGCGACUGCCGCCCCAGGAACAAGAGCCGAUGACUCCACGAACGCCCCAGGAGCUAGAAGCGCUCCUCCGGCAGGCCCCACGCGCGGGUCUUGCCGAAUUACUGUUGCCACGACGCGCACAGCAACCCGACGACUCUCCAUUCGGCUCCACGAACAGCGACAAUGCCCACACCGACACCGACCAGCUAGACGCUGUAAUGGGAGACGCAGCAGACGAAACCGAGACCGACGAGCCGGACGACCUGCCCGAGGCUCAAGGCCCAGCAGUAACGGUUGCCCACGCGGCAGAGAGACUUAUCGCCAACCAGAUGGAAGCACAACAGGCAAAGCUGGCCGUCUUCCGCGCAUUCUGCACCGCCUUCGACAAGACGGCUGCCCAGUUCAACUCGGGCCACGCGCUCAGCUUCGCGAAGGAAUUCUCGCGCGGCUUCAUUAGCUACUGGGACGACGCGCUCAACGGCGCGCCCACACGCGCCGGUCAGAAUGUCAACAGCCGCCACGGCAGAGACGGGACCGCACCGACCUACGCCGCUAUGGCCCAGAAGGGGAUGGCACAGACAAGGGCCCCCCUGCCGGCACGCCUCGGCCCGAAGCCCUGGAAGGCGCCUCCGGUCCAGCCGCCUAAAGAUGACCUGCGUGUCUUCGUGCGGCUCGACGACAAGUCCCCAGCAUGGGGCUAUCAGGGGCAUGCCAUCAGAGCUCACGUAGCUAAGACUCUCAACCUAGGGACAGAACGCAUGCCACAGAUCGCCCGGGUUAAGACUGGAUGGGCUAUACGGGCCUCAGACCGGGAGGCGAGGGACCUGCUUGUGGAACGGCAGGACGACUGGGCGGCCCGCCUCGGGGCCGUGGCGGUUGAAGGCUUCAGAAGUGGCACACAGAUCAAGCUCCAGACAGGUGCCGAACCAAUUGAUGUGCACAUUGCUAAGAGAUACUCCGAAAGCUCCGACCAGCCCACUGUGACAAUGAUUGUGUCCUUUCAGGCGGCGAUACAGAGGAGAUGGCGGCUCUUCGGCACCAGCCGACUAGCCCGACUGAUCGCCAAGACCGCCCGGCCCGCGCAGUGCGACACCUACCAUCGCGAUAACGACUGCAAGCAGCCGGAGAGGUGCGCGAACUGUUCCGGACCCUUCCCGGCGGACCAUAAGGAGUGCCCUGCCAGACCCAGGCGCUCUCACGGCCAACUCGUGCGGCUCUCCAAGAUCGAGAAGUACGCCGUAAGGAAGAUCGGCUCUCAGCUAUACCGGCAAGCCAAUAUGGAGCUCGAACGGGCCACGGCGACCGCCUCCCCCCAACCCUCCCAAGGACCGACCCCGUCGCCCUGCAUGAGAGCUGCCGAGGCCCGCCUAGGCAAGCAACAGGACCAGCAGCAGCAACAGCAGCAGCAACAGCAGCAGCAAUGUCGACCCCAGCGGCUGCCCCCCACUAGCGCGCAGGCGCCAGACUCCACAACGCUCCCUCCACCACAGGAAGACAGAUCCGAGUCUCCUAUGAAGAGGCGCCGACGAAACGUAUCCCUGGACCCCUAUGAACAAUAG